AUUCGACGUCAUCAGCUGCAGACCAAAAAAAAUCAAAACAAAGGAAAAAUUUCGCUUCUCGUUCCGUCGCAGCUGGGAUUCCGUCGCAAGUUCCGUCGAAAUGGGCAAAAUCUUCCUGGACCACAUCGGCGGCCAGAAGCUGUACUCGUGCGCGGCCUGCGAAACCAACCUGACCAACAAGCGGGAGCUGAUCAGCACGAGAUUUACGGGCGCAACAGGAAGGGCGUACCUCUUCAAACGGGUCGUAAACCUGGUUUAUUCUCCUGUGCAGGACCGGGUGAUGCUGACGGGACGGCACAUGGUGCGGGACGUGAUGUGCAAGAAUUGCCGCGCCAAGCUGGGCUGGAUGUACGAGUUUGCCACCGAGGAGUCGCAAAAAUACAAGGAGGGCCGCGUCAUCCUGGAGCACGCGCUCAUCACCGAGUCCGAGGGUUUCCCGGAGGCGUGACCCCCCUUCCUGUUUGACCCGAUCGAGUUCUAGAGCGGGGAAGAGGCCAAUUGGCUCAAAUUUUUCAUCAUUAUUCAGCAAAUCACCAAUUUCGUCGUCACCAUAGUAAGGUUAUGUGUGGAUGUUUUUAGGGUUAGAAAAAUGCGAUUCGAAUUAAUGGAUUAAAAUUUAGCGUAAGAAUUGUGUGCUUUUUUAAAAGUUUCUUUAAACUUAGAUUUGCGAAAUAGCGAUAAGAUCAGUAGCGUUUGGACAGUGAGUAAGAAAAAUCACAAAAUAAUCACAAAACUAUUUAACUACAUCUUAUCCAACCAGCAUGAAUAGAUCCGAGUUUAUUAACCGCAAAAAUAAAUCACUUUAAACAUUAAAGCAAACAAAA